UUUAGCUGAAUAUUUGGUGGUUUGAAAAAACACUACAAAGCCACAGUGAUUCUAGAAAAGCUUGCGUUGUUAACGUUACCACAGAACAGCACGGCUGCAACAGCAUUGUAAAAUUACACCGAACGUGUUGCGUGCCCGAAAACACAGCCAAUAUUUCAUUAACUGUUAAUACUGACUUACCUGCAUUUUUAAAGGAGUCUUAAGGUGGUUUAAGCCUCAGCUUUCUUGUGACCAGCAAGCAGAUUUCCCGUGUCCAUGUGAUCACGAUAGCCGCGAAACUUACUCAAUUUCUUAAGUCGAUGCAAAAUACAAAAGAUAUUGAUAGAAAAUGAGCAGUAAUUUCUGUUUAUAAAACUGACAAGUUUAAUUGCAACCUUCUCAAAUAUUUUCAUUUAAAUGUACCAAAAACAUUAAGGACAUGUGAACAAUAUAAUUUGUUAGUGAAAUGCUUAAUUUUUUUAUUAAAACAUACUUAAGCAGAACAGGUAAAUUAGAGAUAAAAUAAACUGUGGGAUUUUUACUUAUUAAUUUUGGUAAGCCCAAAUCAAAUAAUCUCUUUAAUGAUACUCAGAGAUUUUAUUAAGUUAAUACAAGUUUUUAUUUUUGUGAUAUUUACAAAGCCACAGAAUUAUUUUUUACAGUGUAUGAGAGCCAGGAAGAGUCUGACUCUAUAAUAGAUGAUCUGAAGCAAAACUCUGCUCUGGAGCGGCUGAUUGAGAAAUGUGGCGGAAGAUAUCACACCUGCAGCAAGAACAUGAACAAACCUUCAGAGAUGAGAGACCUGAUGACCAGGAUUGAGCAACUGUUUAUUGAGAAUAAACAGCAGUGUUACACUAGUGAGAUGUACAACACAGCGUUAAGAGAGAGAGAAGAUCUGCAAAACAAAACAUGUCAAAGAGAUCAACCCACAAUUAUUGGAAAGAAUAUGGACUAUACAUUGACAAGAGAAACACAUCGGGGAAACACAGAGGAGUGUGCAUUAGAUGGGGCACAAUUAGAUCAAAACAGAAGUGGAAGGAGGAAAGAAAUAGAGCAUCUAUUUCACAGACUUAAUUCUGGUAACAGGCAACCCUGUAAACUAAGAGCUGCAGAUGUUCUUCAACUAACUGCUCGUUCAUUACAGUCUCAUGAGUCUUGUGCCGAUGAGUACCUGAUACAGACUUUCUUACAAAAAAUUCUAAUGAUGAACUACAGAGCAAGAUACAUUAAAACUAUAGACACACAGCAUGAUGGACAACAAAGAAUCAAUGAGUUGUUUGAAGAUGAGGGGGGUCCUGAUAUUUUCCAAGAAAUAGCUUUGAUUCCUGAAGAAAGAAACAUGAGUGAUGCCAUUCAUCCAAUGGAUGUUCAGAUGGCUGUGUUUCAUUGUUCUGACAGUUUCCUGAAGCAGCUGAUGGUGACCAAAUUGUCUCAGUGUCAGUACGCUCUGCCUCUGCUUGUUCCUGAUCCAUUUACACAAGAGAUUGAGUUUCCUCUCUGGAAAUUCAGACAAAUUAACAAGAGCUGGAAGAUGAAAGAUGCCAAAAAUGAAAUCAUCAGUAAAAUCCAGCCAGUCUGGAAGGCACACUCUAAAAAGUGCUGGGUUAAAAAAUAACCCAACCUUAACCCAGCCGCUGGGUAACUAUGGGACAGAACACGCGUUGGGUUGUUUUGACCCAAGUGCUGGGUUUAACCAUUUGACCCAGAAUGCUGGGUUGUUUAUUUGACCCAACCAGUGGGUCAGGUUAACUGUGUUGCUGGGUUAAACAUAACCUAAUCAUUGGGUUAUUUUCUGUCUUAUUGCCUUGCUACCUUUAUAUUUAUCAAUAAUAAUAAAUAAUCACAGAAGAAUGUAAAAUUAUUAUUGCUUUUCUGUAAUACAGUUAGAAAAACACAAAAAAACUGUAAACAUCAAUUUAACGAGUUUUAUUACUUUUUAAAACAAUUUUCAAAUGGGUGCAGCUGUAAAACAUUUUAUCCAACCAUUACAGACGCACAAAACAACAAUUUUAGUAGAUCAGUUACUUUAAAACACAAAACUGUGUAAACUAGGCACUGUAGAUUCUGAUU